AUCUAUCUAUCUAUCUAUCUAUCUAUCUAUCUAUCUAUCUAUCUAUCUAUCUCACCAAAGUUGUCUGUCUUGUCCCAACUCUCACCUCUUCUCAAAGACGAACCACAUUUCCCUUAAUUCCGCCAGUUCUACAUUCGCCAGUUUUACAUCUAUCUAUCUAUCUAUCUAUCUAUCUAUCUAUCUAUCUAUCUAUCUAGGUUCUGUCUUGUUCUAUCUACUUUUAUCUAUAUCUAUCUAUCUAUCUAUCUAUCUAUCUAUCUAUCUAUCUAUCUAUCUAUCUAUCUCACCAAAGUUGUCUUUUUACAUCUAUCUAUCUAUCUAUCUAUCUAUCUAUCUAUCUAUCUAUCUAUCUAUCUAUCUAUCUAUCUCUAUCUAUCUAUCUAUCUAUCCUAUCUGUCUAUGUCUAUAUCUCACCAAUCUAUCUAUCCCUUCUCAAAGAUCUUCUCACAUUCCUAAUUCCUGUCUAAUUCCGCCAGUUCUACAUCUUCUAUCCAUCUAUUUAUCUAUCAUCUAUCUAUCUAUCUAUCUAUUCAUCUAUCUAUCUAUCUCAUCUAUCUUUUUACAUCUAUCUAUCUAUCUAUCUAUCUAUCUAUCUAUCUAUCUAUCUAUCUAUCUAUCUCACCAAAGUUGUCUGUCUUGUCCCAACUCACCUCUUCUCAAAGACGAACUACAUUCCUUAAUUCCGCCAGUUCUACAUUCGCCAGUUUUACAUCUAUCUAUCUAUCUAUCUAUCUAUCUAUCUAUCUAUCUAUCUAUCUAUCUAUCUAUCUAUCUAUCUAUCUAUCUAUCUAUCUAUAUCUAUCUAUCUCACCAAAGUUGUCUUUUUUUAUCUAUCUAUCUAUCUAUCUAUCUAUCUAUCUAUCUAUCUAUCUAUCUAUCUUCAUAUCUGUCUAUCUCAUUCAUCUAUCUAUCUAUCUAUCUAUUCAUCUAUCUAUCUAUCUAUCUAUCUAUCUAUCUCACCAAAGUUGUCUGUCUUGGUCCCAACUCCUCACCUCUUCUCAAAGACGAACUACAUUCCUUAAUUCCGCCAGUUCUACAUUCCAGUUUUCUAUCUAUCUAUCUAUCUCAUCUAUCUAUCUAUCUAUCUAUCUCACCAAAGUUGUCUGUCUUGUCCCAACUCUCACCUCUUCUCAAAGACGAACCACAUUUUAAUUCCGCCAGUUCUACAUUUCUGCCAGUUUUUACAUCCAUCCAUCUAUCUAUCUAUCUAUCUAUCUAUCUAUCUAUCUAUCUAUCUAUCUAUCUAUCUAUCUCACAUUCCAAACAUUGUCUGUCUUGUCCCAACUCUCACCUCUUCUCAAGUUGUCUGUCUUGUCCCAACAUUCCCUCUUUAAAAGACGAACCAGUUCUACAUUCGCCAGUUUUACAUUCUAUCUAUUCAUCUAUCUAUCUAUCUAUCCAUCUAUCUAUCUAUCUAUCUAUCUACCAAAGUUGUCUGUCUUGUCCCAACUCUCAUCUCUCAAAGACGAACCACAUCCUUAAUUCCGCCAGUUCUACAUUCGCCAGUUUUACAUCUAUCUAUCUAUCUAUCUAUCUAUCUAUCUAUCUAUCUAUCUAUCUAUCUAUCUCACCAAAGUUGUCUGUCUUGUCCCAACUCUCACCUCUUCUCAAAGACGAACUACAUUCCUUAAUUCCGCCAGUUCUACAUUCGCCAGUUUUACAUCUAUCUAUCUAUCUAUCUAUCUAUCUAUCUAUCUAUCUAUCUAUCUAUCUAUCUAUCUAUGUUCACUCUAUCUGUCUGAAGCACAUUCCUUUUUACAUCUGCCAGUUUUACAUCUAUCUAUCUAUCUAUCUAUCUAUCUAUCAUCUAUCUAUCUAUCUAUCUCACCAAAGUUGUCUUUUUUACAUCUAUCUAUCUAUCUAUCUAUCUAUCUAUCUAUCUAUCUAUCUAUCUAUCUAUCUCAUCUAUCUAUCUUUGUGUUCAUAUCUGUCUCAAAGACGAACUACAUUCCUUAAUUCCGCCAGUUCUAUAUCUAUCAGUUUUACAUCUAUCUAUCUAUCUAUCUAUCCAUCUAUCUAUCAUCUAUCUAUAUCUAUCUCACCAAAGUUGUCUUUUUACAUCUAUCUAUCUAUCUAUCUAUUCAUCUAUCUAUCUAUCUAUCUAUCUAUCUCAUCUAUCUAUCUGUCUCUCUCUCUCCCUUCUUUUACAUUCUGUCAUUGUUUUACAUCCUUCAUCUAUUCAUCUCAUCUAUCUAUCUCUUCUCUGUCUAUCUACCCAUCUAUCUGUUCUACAUUCCUUGGUCUGUCUAUCUAUCUAUCCUUAAUUCCGCCAGUUCUACAUUCGCCAGUUUUACAUCUAUCUAUCUAUCUAUCUAUCUAUCUAUCUAUCUAUCUAUCUAUCUAUCUAUCUAUCUAUCUAUCUGUCUUCCAUAUCUGUCGAGAACCUUUAAUAUCACAUCUAUCUAUCUAUCUAUCUAUCAUAUCAUCCAUCUAUCUAUCUAUCUAUCUCAUCUAUUAUCUAUCUUGUCCCAACUCUCACCUCAUCUAUCUAUCUAUCUAUCUACACAUCCAUCUAUCCAUCUAUCCAUCUAUCUACAUCUAUCUAUCUCACCAAUCUAUCUGUCUGUCCCAACUAUCUAUCUCUCAAAGACGAAUCUAUCUAUAA